AGGGUAGAAAUUCAACGCAUCGUCCUACACUGUUUUGUUAUCAUGAUUCACAAAAUUCACAGCUGCAGCCCUGAUGAGGUCAGUGCGUGGCAAAAGAUGCCAUUGACUGUUUUAUGCAAAAGUAAUCAGGGUGUUUCAAGAUUGCGCAAUGAGGAAUUGUUAUUUAAAAAAAUGUUAUUCAAAAGGGUUUAGGUUUCUGCGUCAGCUGUUUUGAAAAUGAAGUGAAUAUAAAUAAGCAACACAGAACUGGAGAGCAUUUGGAAAAGUCACAACAGAAGGUUCACUCAAUGGGUCUCAUACAACUUGAUUGCAGUCGGCACCAUGUUAUUCAUUUAAAAUGAAGUAACAUAGUUUAAUGCAGCUAAUGUGCAUCUCUUUUUAUUUAUUUAACAAAAAAUAGCAUCUCACAUAGUUCAUCUCUUGUUUUACAACAAUUUGUUCUCAUUUUUAUUGCUGCUUUAAAACUGAAGUUAGAAUUUAUAUUAAAAUUUUCUUUAACUGAAAAUCUCAGAAACGUUCACAAUUUUAUCCAAACAUAGAAAAUAUUGAUAUAUAUGUAACAUAAGAUCAUUUUAUGUAAACCUACAAAGAGUAAUUUAAAUUAUAAUUUUUCAUAUGCACACACACACAGCUUGGAUGUAAUGUAAAAAAAUGUUUGAACUUUGUUCUUUACUUAUACCUGUCAUCCCCUCAGAAAUUUGUCUUGAAUAAUUUUUGAUUUUAGUCACAAAUUGAACCUCGUUACUUGAAAAAGGGACAAAAACUCAAAUAAUGGUUUCCUGUUUUUACAAUCUCAGCGCCAGGUUGAGGUUCCUGAUGUGUUUUCCAGCUACAUGCAAGUCAUGCUGGGGAUCAGCUCAAAAGUCCAGGAGCCGGAAAAACUUAUCUUAGUCGUUGGUAGGUUCCUGCGUCUGAAGGAUUCCCUGCUUUAUAUUUAAUUAUGAUUAAAUAGUUUUUAGUUUGAAGUGACUUUGACUUGUAGUUAAAUUAUGUACCUAUUAAUGGAAAGAGAGUCGGUGGAGCUCAGAAUGUUAAAGUCCAGAAAUCUAUGUUAUAGAUAAAUGCAGAUUUAUCAAGACACGAGAGACUUGACAACAUACUUGGGCUGAAGAUUUCUUGAUGACCAUGCAGAAUAUGACAAACAUUUAAAAAUGUGUUAUAAGAUAUGUGCAUACACUUUUUAUGUCGAUCACAAAUUUUGAUGUAAUCAGAUUACAAAUUUUAAAAAAUAGGGCAGGUGUCAGAUAUGUUAACUAUAGUUAUCUUGAAACUGCUUGCCAAUGAAGGGUUGAUUUUCUGGGAAGGCAAUCUGCCAACUAACAUUGGCGCAUCGGUGAAAUGGAGACUUAAACUGCCGCUGAAUUAACAUGAACAGAUGGUUACAUACCAGAUCAAAAGACUAGGUCAAUACCAAAUGAAGGAUGUUGUUUGUCCUUUGCACUCGAAGAUGACCAAGGACUUGAGCAGUAGCCUUGACUUGAGCUGUUUGAAGUGAGGGAGAGUUGCUCAAUUUGUCAGCCUCACUGUCUCUUCCUUGCCUAUUUGAUCCAAUGCAAGACUUGUUCAAGGCCAUCAGGAUGCAGUAGAUGAACAGCAUGUGUGUGUUUGUGUGUUUCACUGUGCUCUUAUACGUUGUUUCGUCGCAUGAGUUGUCAGAAUUGUCAAUGUCAUAACGCCUACAGGACUCCAUCUCUGAGUUUGACUUCAGAGUUUGCCUUCUCUACGGGACUCCAACUCUGGGUUUGACUUCAGAGUUUGCCUUCUCUACAUGACUUCAUUUCUGAGUUUGCCUUCUCUUAGAUGAGUUGCCAUCCAAGGUUAACGAGUCCCAUUCACCCGGGCUGCUUGUGAUGUUUUUGUUUGUCUAGGCAUUUUCUAGGGAUUGAACUCCAAUCCCCUAGCUUGGGACUGGCUCAGUUUAGACCACUCGGCCACCAUAGGAAUGAUAAAUGAAACACAUAGGGUAAAGCCUCAUUGCAAAACCAACCAUCUGUUAUGGCUCAUUACCUGAUGAGUGUAACUCUGAUUUUCUUGUUGUUAUUCCUCUGACCAGAUGCAAUACGGGACAUGGUGAAUAGUCCUGACAAACUGGCACUUCAAAUGCUGCUGUUGAG